ACCCGUCCACGCACAACAACUCCGGGAAAAACGUAGGAAGGAUUCGAAGGCGCUGUUCCUAAUUCAACAAGCCCUUCAUGAUGACAUCUUCCCUAGAGUUUCAGCAACGGAGACAUCCAAUGAAGCUUGGGAAAUUUUGCAUCAAGAGUAUAUGGGAGAUAAGAAGGUAAUUGUAGUUAAAUUGCAAACUUUACGUCGUGAUUUUGAAACUUUAAGCAUGAAAAAGGGUAAAUCCGUGCAAGACUAUAUGUCUCGAGUCUCUGCAAUUGUUAAUCUGAUGAAGUCUUAUGGAGAAAAAAUUACUGAUGAAACUGUUGUUGCAAAGAUUUUGAGGUCUUUAACCAGUAAGUUUGAGCAUGUGGUUGCUGCUAUCGAAAAAUCUAAGAACUUAUCUGACUAUACGUUUGAUGAAUUAAUGGGUUCUUUGUUAGCCCAUGAAGAUAGGCUAAACAUGUCUUAUGAGAAGGUUGAAGAAAAAACAUUCCAGGUGAAAGAGGAGUCUUCUUUCUCCAUAGAAAAAUCCUCAAAUUUUCCUGGUAGAGGUAGAGGAAGGGGCGGAUUUCGUGGGCGAGGUCGAGGCCGCGGCAGAGGUAGAGGACAAUUUAGUGAGUCACGUCAGCCCAAGAGUGACUUGCAAUGCUG